AUGUCGCGUUCUACUAGACUCCGCACUAGACCAAGCGUUGCAGAGACGCCCAAAGCUCCCAAAAAGUCCAAGAAAAAAGAAGAACUGGACACUUACGGGCUGGUUGAAGAAAAUGGUGGACGACCCUUUCAACUCAUAGAGGGACUUCCCUCUUCUGAGUCUUUACCACAGUACAAGGCGACACUCACUCAUCCGCUGUCCGUUAGAGACUCGGCAGUUCUGUACAGUUCUAUGUUGAGUUCCAGAAGAACAUGGAUUAGCUCAGAAAUGUUCGAUAUGUUGUGGUCCAAGCAAUUUUUGAGCCCCGGAGAGAAAGAGCGUUUGGAGCAAGAAGGUAUCGACCCAGAAAGUGUAGAUGCCAGUGCCGCUCGCGAAAAAAUGCAUAAACUUUGCGACUGCGUCAUGUUUGGAGGACCACACGCUUUUUCGAUUCGCAUGUUCAUUGUCAAGAAUGAGGAAACUGAGAAGAAAUGGAACGAUGCAAUCGAGCAAAAGAAGCGUCGGAAAGAGGACCGUAAAAAACAAGAGCUCGAAGACAAGAAAUUGAAGCAAGAGCUCCGAAAACAGCAGCAGUGGGUCAAAAAACAGGAUAAUGAAGUGCAACCACAAGUUUUGGAGCUCAAAUCGUCUGUAGUACCACGAACGCCAACACCAGCACCGGUAACGGCAAUGGCAACGGCUGCUAAAACGCAGCCGGAUGCUAAGAAACAGUCUGUCAAACGUCGCCAGCGCAAAGAAGAAAACCCUCCCACGGCCAGAUCGAGGUCUCACACUCCUCAACAGAGGAAAACACUUCACCAGUCUUCAGAAGAUCAAAAAAUGAUCACGAAUUUGAAUUUGAUGGCCCAGAAAAAUGCAGAACUCAACUCGCUGAUGGUAAUCGUAGCAGGAGGAAGGGCAACCUCCCAACAGGUGGAAGAAUUCAAAAAAUACAUAGAAAAGGCAAGAAAAAUGCCCACUCCACCCGGAUGGAAGCCCGCAGCACCUUCAACAGCUACGCCUACUACCCAGGAUAAAACAGAUGCACAACAAACCAUGGUACAAGCUAAUGUCACAGAACGCAAAAUUGCGGAUAAAAGCAGGCCCAUAGUACCACCCGAACUGCCAACGUCUAGACUACCGGAACGUCCACCAAUAAAAACGGAAAAACCAAUGAAUUCAUCACCGGAUGGUGAAGCAGCUCCCCGGCAGAAACGGAAAUACACAAAACGCAAAAACGUUGACACUCCCCCCGAACCCGAAGAUAAGUCUAUGCAGUUGACUACAUUUCAGCUCAAAUACAUGGACAAUGCCGAUAUUGUCUUUGAAUAUGUGGAAAACCCCAAUAAAAGGUAUAGUUUCCCCAAAGAUGCUAUCUUAGAGCCGCUAGAGGAUGGCGAAUCUUAUCUGAUGUCGUGGAUCCUUAUACACAAUCGUAAAGAAGUCGAAAAGUACAAAGAAAAGAGGAACAAAAAGCUAGCUGCCGCUAAAGGUAACAAAGACCAACAACAAAAAUCGGAAGAAGAAUAUAAUGUCUUCGAAGAUCCGCAGUGCCCUGAACCGCUUUACACAACUAUGACCGUCAAACUUACGAAUAUUCAUAAAAAGUUUCAAACCAUCAUGAUAAAUUCCGUUAACCCCGCUGAUAAAGUCAGAAAGCAGAUGUCUACAAUACUGGAACGCGGUACCAGGCUUACCGGUUACAAUUUGUGGUUUCAACUGGACGCAUAUGACGACAGUGCGCUAGCUGAGAAUCUGCGAGGGGAAUUGAAGGACUAUGAAGCAGGUUUCAGGAGUAAGCGGCAACGCAAACAGUUUUAA